CAAUCAGACCGAGGGAAGUUUGCAGUGAACCUUUGAAACUGCUGUAAUGAACAAGCUGUUCCGCACGAUUUGAAAAUAAUCCGCGUGUCAGUGUCAUCUUUCUUAUGCAAAGUAGCUGUCUUUGAAGGCGGAUCUUUUGGCAGGUUAGACUGGGACGGAGGCUCCGACCAGCUCAGACGAGUACCGCGCCACCAAACGCAUCAACUGCCUGCUCUGGGAGGAGCAUAAUCCAGCAUUUCUGGGACUCGUUUAAUAUUAUCACCGAAGAAAUUAUCGGACUUAUUCCGUUGCCUGAUUCCUUGUUUUCUGGUGCCUUGCGCAAAAGCAUCCACACCACAUAAAGGACUGGAGGAUAUGUAUAUGUUUUUUGUUUGUUUUAGAUUUCUUUUCUACCUACUUAGUUGCCUUUGCAGGACUGAAAUCCCACAGCAACACGGAGGAGCGACCCUGGACAAGUGUCAUGAAACGUGAAAACAGACCAGUGAGUCGUUUGGAAAGAAAGGGGAAACGAAACGGGACGCAUGGCAGUUCUCUGAGACGUACGGCGCAAGAGGGAAGUAGCUCCAACACUUCACGCUCAAACUGAGCGUCUGAGAGCAUGGACCUCACAGCGCACUUCCAGAGAGGAAACAUUUUCGCACCAUCGCGGGAUUUUUUUUAUUCAACUCUAAAACAAGAAAACGAUGGUCUUGCAACAGAUAGUUGAGUAAGUUUUUUCACUCGGAGCUCACCACCAACACCAGCUUGGUUUCAUCACUAACGUUUUAAUGAAAGAAACUUGUGAUUCCGGAUUGCGGUAAACACUGGACAUUUUUUUCUUUCUCUCUCUUUUUCUCUCUCUCUGUUUCUCUCUCCCUCUCGCUCUUUUUUUUUUUAAUUAAGUUGGGAGAAUGUAUUCAAAUGUGAGACUGAGUCUUAUCCCUGCUCUGCUGGCGCUGUGGAGUAGCGGGGCAUCAGCCAUCAGCUCCAUAGACCCUGACUGGUCAGGAGAGGGGAGAUGUCAACACAUCAGCAUCCCCCUAUGCAAAGACAUUGGCUACAACAUGACCCGCAUGCCAAACCUCAUGGGCCAUGAUGAUCAAAAUGAGGCAGCAAUGAAGCUGCAGGAGUUUGCAACAUUGAUACAGUUUGGAUGCCACAGUCACCUCAAGUUUUUCCUCUGUUCACUGUAUGCCCCCAUGUGCACAGAGCAGGUGUCAAACCCCAUUCCAGCAUGCAGAGUUAUGUGUGAGCAGGUAAAGCAGAAGUGCUCACCUAUCAUGGAAAACUUUAACUUUCCGUGGCCCGACUCUCUGGACUGUUCUCGUCUUCCUACUAAAAAUGACCCAAACAACCUGUGCAUGGAGGCGCCCAACAAUGGAUCAGAGGAUCCUCCCAAGGUUUCCCACACCCAGCCUCCAGAUUUCAGGCCACAGCGCCCUCUGAGUGGCCAUGACCUGCACCUUAAGGACAGCGGCAACAAGCAGACAUGCAGCAAUCCAGGCAAGUUCCACUUUGUGGAGAAAAGCGAGUCCUGUGCACCGAAAUGCUACCCAAAAAUAGAUGUAUACUGGAGCCAGGGAGACAAGCAGUUCUCUCUGGUGUGGAUAGCCAUCUGGUCCAUCCUCUGCUUUGUCUCCAGUGCCUUCACUGUGCUCACUUUCCUUAUUGACCCACAGCGAUUCAAAUAUCCUGAGAGGCCAAUCAUCUUCCUCUCCAUGUCUUACUGUGUUUACUCUGUGGGUUACCUCAUUCGACUUUUUGUGGGAGCGGACAGAAUAGCCUGUGACAGAGACAAUGGUGUUCAGUAUAUUAUCCAGGAGGGUUUGGAGAGCACCGGCUGCACCAUUGUGUUCCUCAUCCUGUAUUAUUUUGGCAUGGCCAGCUCCCUCUGGUGGGUUAUUCUGACCCUCACAUGGUUCCUGGCUGCAGGGAAGAAGUGGGGUCAUGAGGCCAUUGAGGCCAACAGCAGUUACUUUCACCUGGCAGCCUGGGCCAUCCCAGCCAUCAAGACAAUAAUGAUCCUGGUGAUGAGGAAGGUGGCUGGGGAUGAACUGACGGGUGUCUGCUACGUGGGCAGCAUGGAUGUCAAAGCUCUUACUGGUUUUGUACUCAUUCCUCUCUCCUGUUAUCUCAUUAUUGGCACUUCUUUCUUGUUGUCUGGCUUUGUAGCCCUCUUCCACAUCCGAAAGAUUAUGAAAACAGAGGGAGAGAACACAGACAAACUUGAAAAGCUGAUGGUUCGCAUUGGGGUCUUCUCCGUGCUCUACACUGUCCCAGCCACUUGUGUCAUUGCCUGCUAUUUCUACGAGAGACUCAACAUGGACUACUGGCGCAUCUUAGCUGGGGAGCAAAAGUGUGUGGACGGCAGCGGGCCAGAGUCAGAUGAGUGUGUUAUGAAGGCCUCCAUCCCUGCUGUUGAGAUCUUCAUGGUGAAGAUCUUCAUGUUGUUGGUGGUGGGCAUCACUAGCGGGAUGUGGAUCUGGACCUCAAAGACACUGCAGUCAUGGCAGAAUGUUUUCAGCAGGAAGCUGAAGAAGAGGACAAGGAGGAAGGCUGCCAGUGUGUUCACCAGCAGCAGGUACAUCAAACCUCACCCAUCGCUUAAAGGACACAACACUAAGUAUGAGCCCACACGCCCCCCUCCAACAUGUGUAUGAGCUAACUGUCUUUGAACAAGCCUAAAAAUACUUAAAAAAAAACCCUAAGCAAGACUUCUGAUGAAAGAAAGUGUUCAAAUAAUCAAGGUUCAUUUUUUUAUUUAUGCAAUAUGCAUU